AUUACAUUUAAUCUUUCUUGUGUGCUUUUAACACUAUUCUGUUUUAAGUACUUUAACUGUGUCUUCGAAGACACAAGGUUGAUUGUCUCCUCCAGUGGCAGAGUCACAAUGAAGGCAAAGACUGUCAUGCCCACUCCUCUUUUCCCAGACUUAAAAUAGUGUGUAGCAGAAACUCUAGUUAUGUCCUUCAAUAUCAGCUAACAAAAUACUGGGCACCUUCUAGUCAUUGGAGUACAAAGCAGGGCACAAAAUACUUAAAAAUCCACGGCUAGGGGCCGAGGAUGGAGUUUAGUAAAGUGCCUGUCUAGCACGCACAAAGGCCUAGGUUUGAUCCCUAGCCCCUGUACAAACAAAUAGGGUGUAUAAACCUGUGUGGUGGUGCCCGCCUUUAAUCUCAUUACUCAGGAGAGGACGGCAAGAAGUUCAAGAUCAUUCUUAACUACGCAGCCAUUGUGCUCCCUCCCACGACAAAGAGCUGCCGGGGUGAAGGGUAUCAAAAUCCAAGCCCAAAGCAGCUUAUAGCAGGCACUCAAUUAGCCAACCAUCAUAUUUCAUUUGGUCCUUUACAACCUGGGAAUUGAGGACCACCCGGUUUGGCAGAGAAGGAUAUUGAGGAUUAUGUGUGGCUGAGAUCAUUGGGGUCAUUAGUGGGCGUGGGGAUUAGCAUUCUAACCCUGGUCUCAGCUGUGAAUCAAUUACACCUAAGCCAUCCACCCAAUCAGCAUCAAGUACCGACUGCGGGCGUGGAGGUACUAUGCAGGUCAAGUCCGGAAAGGCGUUUGCCGAGUGCAGACGACUCGCGAAUGCUCUUGGUAUAAAUCGCGGGAUUUUGGCGCGCUCUUUUUGUUGGCUGGGUGUUCUCGCCAGUGAUUGGUUCCGGGCUGUCGCGGCUGCCGGGUCUACCUCGGCAGUGGAGAGGCGGCGCAGCUCUCCGCUGGCCUCCUGGGGGAUGGGCCACCAGGAAUCUCCGCUGACCAGAGCAGCGGCGGGAGGUGCAGCUUACAUAAAGAGGUUACGUAAAGUGCUCAGCUGGCGCGAACUCGAGGACAGCCACGGGAACCUGGAAGCGGAGGCCUCCCCCGGGAGCGUUGCUGUCAUCACAGGAGCAGCGCCGCGACCCGCUACACGUCCAACCCGGCUCCCCGCCUCGCGCCCUACUCGACUCCGCAGACAACCCCAGCUCGGAACGGACCAUCCUCCGGCGCGGGCUCCAAGGGGGAACCGGUCCGCCCGGAAGAGGAACAGCGCCGGCCAGAUCAUAAUCCAAGGUACCGCUCCUCCGCAUCUCGGGGCUAGACGGAGGGAUGAGGCAAGGGGGGCCCGGGCGGCGCCGUUGCUGCUCCCCCCGCCCCCCGCAGCCAUGGAAACGGGGAAAGAGAACAGAGCCCGCAGAGGGACAAAAAGCCCGGAGCGGAAAAGGCGAAGCCCAGUGCAGCGGGUACUGUGCGAGAAGCUGAGGCCGGCGGCCCAGGCCAUGGAUCCGGCUAUGGCCGAGGUCCCGGGCGAGGCCUUCCUGGCCCGGCGGCGGCCGGAUGGCGGCGGCGGAGAUGUUCCUGCACGACCGCGCUACAGCCUGUUGGCGGAGAUCGGGCGCGGCAGCUACGGCGUGGUUUAUGAGGCUGUGGCUGGACGCAGUGGGGCCAGGGUGGCAGUCAAGAAGAUCCGCUGCGACGCUCCCGAGAACGUGGAGUUGGCACUAGCAGAGUUUUGGGCCCUAACCAGCCUCAAGCGGCGUCACCAGAAUAUCGUGCAGUUUGAGGAGUGCGUCCUACAACGCAACGGGUUAGCCCAGCGCAUGAGUCACGGCAACAAGAACUCACAGCUUUACCUGCGCCUGGUGGAGACCUCCCUCAAAGGAGAAAGGAUCCUGGGCUACGCUGAGGAGCCCUGCUAUCUCUGGUUUGUCAUGGAGUACUGUGAAGGUGGAGACCUCAAUCAGUAUGUCCUGUCCCGGAGACCAGACCCAGCCACCAACAAAAGUUUCAUGCUACAGCUUACAAGCGCCAUUGCCUUCCUGCACAAAAACCACAUCGUGCACAGGGACCUAAAGCCAGACAACAUCCUGAUCACAGAGCGGUCUGGCACCCCCAUCCUCAAGGUGGCAGACUUUGGACUGAGCAAGGUCUGUGCAGGGCUGGCACCUCGAGGCAAAGAGGGCAAUCAAGAUAACAAAAAUGUGAAUGUGAAUAAAUACUGGCUGUCCUCAGCUUGUGGCUCAGACUUCUACAUGGCUCCUGAAGUCUGGGAGGGACACUAUACAGCCAAGGCGGACAUCUUUGCUCUGGGCAUUAUCAUCUGGGCAAUGAUAGAAAGAAUUACUUUUAUUGACUCUGAAACCAAGAAGGAGCUCCUGGGGACCUACAUUAAACAAGGGACUGAGAUCGUCCCUGUUGGUGAGGCGCUGCUAGAAAACCCAAAGAUGGAGUUGCAUAUCCCUCAGAAGCGUAGGACUUCCAUGUCUGAGGGGGUCAAGCAGCUCUUGAAAGACAUGUUAGCUGCUAACCCACAGGACCGACCUGAUGCUUUUGAACUUGAAACCCGAAUGGACCAGGUCACAUGUGCUGCUUAAACUCCAGGGCUGAACGUCUUGGGUGUUUUUAAACUAGGUCGAUCCUUCGGGACCCACAGUCUCAUCAUGUCUCGGACAGGAUGGCAGAGGGUACAGGUGGUGGUGAUCUCCUGACAGCUGGACCUCCCGCAAUGUGAAGCUUUUGCUUGGGUUUCCCACUCUACCCUUUUCUUUUUCCUUUAUUAUAAUAAUAAUAAUUUUUUAAACAUUAAACCAUCAAGACUUCUGAAGAGCAAAAGGCUACACUCUGGACAGGCACCUUUUUUAUUGUUGGUUUGUUUUGUUUUUUAAGAACAUUGAAUGUGGACAAAGCUUAUGCAUAUAGUCACUGUUAAUCUGUUUAUUUCUUAAGUUAGGAAGCAGUUUUGGUUUUAUCUUUGAUGUUCUGUUUUCUUUCUUACACACAUCUCAGUUCUGCUUUAGCAUCCCAGUUCCCACAGAAGUUCUGUCUACCCAGAGUUUGGUAUUUCUCCUGGAAAGGGAUAUGAAGAGCUAAGGAAGCAGCCUCUGAGUCACCUCCCUCCAGAUGUGGGAGCUGCUGGACUCCUUGGAUGGGCUGGACCUGGCCAGCCCUCAGGCCUCAGACAGGAUCAGAGAUGAAGAACCUCUCAGAAGAGGAGCACCAGGGUUUGGCCAGAGGGACUCUAGAAAGAAGACCUAAACCAUGGGUUUGAUUCUCUUUUAAGUUCUUGGGAGCCCCAGGCCAUACCAGGACUCACUGUAGUGGGCAUUGCUUCCCUCUUCUGCCCUUUCCAACUGGGGUCCCUGAGGAAAGAGACCAAGAGUGAUCAUCCCAUCACUUGGGGAUAGAGAGACCCCACCCCCACUCUCUUUCCACAAGCCUAUCUUCUAUUAGGACUGUUGUGCCAAUUUCCUGUCAGACUUGGUCUUCUUUGGCCUCUUGUCACUACUAUGAGGCCAGUACCUUUCACCUUCUCCUCCUGGAUUGUCUUCUCUAUGUGAUAUAAGUUUAGCCUGUCACAGAGACUACCUAGGUCCCAAGAUCCAGUUUUGAUCCUUGCAGAGUACCCUCAACUAGCUGCUGCCAUCAUUUCCUCACAGUGAAAGGUGUGCCCGGUGUACCAGGAUCCCUAGUGUCACCACUGGGUGACACUAUCAAGCGCCAUCUCUCUUACCCCCAGGGACUUCAUGUUAGGUGAUCAACUUCUAUGUUACUUUUGUCUGAGAAGAGAAAGGAACUGCCUUAAAGAGGGAGGUAUGAGGCAGAUGGGGUGUCCAGGUGGCUAUUAGGGGCCCAUAUAGCAGCUAGCCAUAUAAAGCACCCCAAACCUAGACCCCUGUGACUGCCGCACACACUUUAACUCCCUUGCAGUGUUCUUACAGCCUCCUGAGGGAAGAUCCUCUCCCUCCAGCUGCCUCAAGGACCCCACCAUUCUCUCUGGAGUUGCCCUCUACUUAGAUGCACCUUUGGUUGCUUCCAGACUUUUCACCUUGUUCUGGCCUCGUGGGAUGGGGUCUCUGGACAAGGAAACAAGGUAUCUGUGUUCAUUCUUGUUUAUCCUUCCUAAACUAGCACAGGAUGGAUAGGGAAAUAAGAGGUUGGGGGAGCUUUCCCUCAAGCAGGGGUCCCUUGUUCCUAUAGUGCAGGGAAGGCCAGCACAGCUGACCCUGACAGCUCACCCUGCUUAGUUAGCUCUGUCCACUUUUCACUUUCCAGCCUUCUCUUAGGCAACUCAGCACCAAAGUUUCUUUCUCCUCUUGGCCAGAGGUCAGCUGCUGUUCCUGUGGGUGAAUGACUGCAGGUGGGAACCUUACCUUGUGCUGCACUGUGAUAGCAUCUCCUUGAGUGACUUUAUAAGCAGCCUCCUGAGCCUAAUCAGAGUGGCACCUGGGAGGGUGGGAACAGUGGCAUCCCCUAAAUGCAAGAUACAUUCCAUUUCUGUUCUGCUGCCUUCCCUUCCCGGGGGUGCUGCUGUCUCUGCACCUGAACAGAUGGGAAAAGCAGCCUCUGAGCUCAGGACCCCAACUCAUCCUGCUCAAGGCUCAGCCUAGCCAAUCACUAAUCUGUCUACCUUAUUCUUUUCUCUCCCCUGUCUCUAACCAAGAUCUGGGUUAUAGUGCUUCCCACCGUACUUUUCUUGUUGUCAAUGUAGCCCCUGUAGGUUGUAGGUGGGUAGCCUAGUGAGGGGUACCUUCUUUCCUGUAUCUUAUCUUCCAUGACUCCCAGCUGGUUCUGGCCUGGAGAUUGCACCUCUUUCUCUGGCUCCAGUGGAGCCAGGUCUUGAGCCCCAAGUGCCUGUUCCUGCUGUUUUCAUCCUUUCCUCCCUGUAAUCCUUGCUAUCACCUGCCACCUGGAAGCUGGCCCUGUGACAUGCUGGCUGUGCUGUGGCAGGUGGGUCAGGACCCCUGUGGGCUCUAGUCUUCGCAGAGUCCAGCUCCCUGUCCCUCUUGGGAACCAACAUCCUUUUCCUCUGUUACUUCCCUCUUCUGCCUCUCUCUGGAUGCAGGCUUGCCAGUAGCUCUGGGGCAUCUGACCUCAGGUGCCUCCAGGUUCGUUAAAUCUGUUCACAUUCUAGAAGUUUGCAAAACUCAUAACGUUUGUCCUUUCGGGUGGUGGUGAGGAUUGCCUGUUGGGAGACUAGCCUGGCCUCAGUUCUCUGUGCUCUGAGCUCAGCUCCCUGUCAGUGAAGGGAGUCAGCAGGACAGAUCAUAGUGCCUUACUUAGUCCAUUGUCUUCCCUGGCCAGACUCAGCCAGAAGCAGGUGGCUGUCUUCUGGUUCAUUUUGUCACUUGUUCUCACAGUCCCCCACCUGUAUAUAGCCACAGGGGAGGGAAACCUGAGCCCCCACCACCUCCUGUGGGCUGUGUAGCCAGACACACCUCCCUCUUGCCUCUAUGGCCCUCACAGCAGCUUUAGACAGGACCAAAUGCUGCUGCCCACAUAUGCACACUGCCUUUGUUCCUCCCUGUUCUUAGCUCUAGCCAGGAAGACACCGACUGCACCAUCCAAACUGGCACCAGCUAACCCCCUCUGGUCACAGGAGACCAAGGUUCAGGCUCUAGCCUCACCUAGCUUAGGGGUACUGGGGCAGGGAGUAGGAACUCUUGUCCCACCUUGUAGGGUUUGCCUUUGGCAGCCUGAGGGAUGUUUAAUGUUUACUUAAAGAAAAUACCCUGUUUACAGCUGGAGGAGAAAUGCGCCCACACUAGGUGAAGAUCUGACUCUGGAUAGGGCCUGGUCUCCUUUGUGGCACUGCCAGUAGUUAACUGCAGUGGUGGUGAAGGCAGAGAAGCCUGGAGUGAGCAGAGGCCCUUGACUUACUCUGCUUCCUAACCCUGUGGUGCUAAGACCACUCCCUAUUUUCCUCAUAGCCUUCUUGCCCCACCAAUCCCCACCAUCAUUUCCUCCUUCAAGAUUCUCAGCUCUAACAUAUCACUAUUUUAGAAAACCAGUGUUUGCAGCAAUAAAGUUUUAUUGUUUUGUGUGAAUCUUAUUCCAAGAAGAGAAGAGCGUUGUGGGAAUCUGUUUGUGCUGUUAGCUGUUUACUGUUUGAGAAGACAACUUGGAGGGAUGGAUUAUAUGGCUUUUAACCUUUAGGUAUCUUGAAGAGUGGGAAGAGCAAGAGUUUGACUGCUGUCCUCCAAGGAGGGGACUCUACUGCCCUCGCCUUACUCUGAUGUGCCCCUUCCAGCCCUGCCUACCGCGAGCUCUUCCACCUGUCUUCCUCCGUCCCCAUCUGGGGGCACUAGUGGCUCAACUCUAGGUGGGUCUUUGGUUACUCCCCCCCUUGACUGGAUUCUCUCUCCCUAUCUGACAGCUCCAGACAGCUGCUGGGAGUCUACCUCAGAAUUGGCUAAGCUUGGUUAUUCAGCUCUCCAGGCCAGCAGACUCUGGAGGCUGAGGCCUCUGCCUUCUCUGAUUCUGAGCUUGUGCAUACAGGUCAGCACAGGCCCGGCUUUGAGGGAAAGGAGCCUAGUCUGGACACGUGCUCUGGAAGGAGAACCCAGUAGGUACUCGUACCAUUGGCUGAUAUCAGUAUCCACAGCCAUCGCUGAGGGGCAAGUCUACUGCCAUUCGUUGCCUAGGACCCCUAGGAUUGGGGAGAGUACCAGAACGAGUGGGCUUUUUUUUUUUUUUUAAAUCCAGAUGAGAUCAUAGGAAGAAGGAAACCUAUUUAAGGGACUUUCCCCCCAUCCCCAAAACACUUUUACCCCAAGGGCUCCUUGCCAUCAAAACUGGAGGAUAUUUCAGUUACUCUUAUGCUCAUGCUCAUGCUCAUGUGAGCCAGACUUGGUUUUAAGGGAGGUUUAAAGCCAGGCACAAGGUUAGUUUCAAAUACUAGUUAAAAUCAUUUUCUUUCUUUCUUUCUUUCUUUCUUUCUUUCUUUCUUUCUUUCCUUCCUUCUUUCUUUCUUUCUUUCUUUCUUUCUUUUUUUUUUUUUUUUGCACAGAAGCUGGUAAUAUAGGACCUAUGUGUGAACAACUUUAUAUGAGUAUUUUUUUUUGUACUUGGCUCACGUGGGUUGGUAUGAUAACAUAUUUAAGUUCCUUGAACACUGUGGAUUCCCCCUAAUGUGUAUGAAUGACUGAAACUUUGUAAAUUAAGGGACGUUUGUGUGAAUAAAGUUAUUUGAUGGGAUCAAAAAGCCAUA